AUGGAUUUCUCAAAACCAAUGCAUAUCGUCAUUAUCGGCGGCUCCAGCACCGGCCUCAUGCACGGCACCAUGCUCUCCCAUCUCCCCACCCCCCACACCCUCACCAUUCUCGAACGACACAGUUCCUCACUCCGUCCCGAUCUCGCCGCCGGUAUCACCACCUGGCCCGAAUUCGAACUCUUCAUGAAAUCUCACGACCGUGUUGCUCAACCCUGGUCUAUCCACUCUCCCACCGUGCAAUUUUUAAAUAAAGAUGCCAGUGUCAAGAGAGAGAUGAAGAGGGAAUUAAAGAUGACGAGUUGGAGCGUCAUUUAUUAUCGUCUUCGACGGAAUUUCGAUGGUUUGAAGAGUGAAUUUUGUGAUGGGGAAGUAGUGGUUCCCGAAUCGGAAGAAGGAAAAGAUAAUGAUCAUGAUCAUGAAGAAGAAGAAGAUCACCCAAAAGGAAAAAGUCAAGGAAAACGUGAAUUCUUAACUGGAAUGAACGUUACAUCUCUCAGCAAACUAUCCGACGGCAGCGUCGAGAUAACCUACGAGAAUCAAAAUGAGGCAAAUAAAGAAUUCAAAAUGAAAGCCGACAUGGUGAUACUAGCCGAUGGAGCAAAUUCCUCUCUGAGAGCAAAAUACUUUCCAGAUGUCAAGAGAGAAUAUGCAGGCUAUGUAGCAUUUCGAGGAACGGUUUUAGAAUCCGAGGUUUCGGAAGAGACAAAGAAGAUAUUCGAUCCUAGUUUGACGUAUUUUUCUUACAAGGGGGGAUAUAUACUUUUAUACAUAAUCCCCGGCCCAAACGGCUCCCUGACCCCCGGAUCCCGCCGUUACAAUUGGGUAUGGUACCACCCCAUUUCCCCCUCUCCGUCCCUCACCUCCCUCAUGACCGACACCACCGGUGUUCUCCACCGCACCACACUUCCUGCCGGCCUCAUGAACCCCACAGCCUGGACCCCUUAUCUCACCCUCUCCCAAUCCAUCAUGUGCGCGCCCUUUGCAGAAGUCAUAUCCAAAACCCCCUCUCCCUUCAUAACCGCCAUUAACGAUUCUGCGCUUCCGUGCGCGCUACUCUCAGGUUUCGAUAACAGAGUUUUAAUUACCGGUGAAGCCUUGAACCUUAUGCGUCCGCAUAUGGCGCUUAGUACGACGCAGAGCGCAAUGCAAGCGUUGGAGUUGGAGAAAGUGUUCACGGGAAGUUUAACACUGGGAGAAUGGGAGAAGAGAGUGGUGAAGUGGGGGAAAGUGGGAGUGUGUAAGACGAAUGCGUUUGGGCUUUGGAAUUUGAGUGGGGUGGGAGCGGCGUUGCCGUGGGUAUUGAGGUUGUUGGGAGUUUUGGUGGGGAUUUUGUGA